GCCGUCGUUUUGCAACAAUUCUUCAGUUGCAUACUGCCACGAUGGGCCCACAGCCCUCCGCCUUCCUCCCUCGCUUCACCGCCGCGCGCGCCAUCUCCAUCUCCGCUCGUCCCCACAACCCGACGCCCUGCCCUUCUCCCGCCGCCGCGGCGCCCGCCUCCAGCCCGCACGCCUUCCACGCGCACCUCGCGUCCGUCGCGCCGCACCUCCCCUCCCUCCUCGCCGCGCUCUCCCGCGCCCGAGCCGCGCGGCUCCCGCUUCCCCCGGCCACCCGCGCGCUCGCCGCCACCGCGCUGCUCCGCCACGGCCGCCUCCCGGACGCCCUCGCGCACUUCAGACUCCUCCCGGAAUCUGAUCCCACCUCCCCGCUCCCCGCGCCGCUCUGCAACUCCCUGCUCGCCGCGCUCGCGUCGUCAGCCGGGUCCCUCGCCCACGCGCGCAAUGUGCUCGACAGAAUGCUCGCGGGGGCCGUCGAGCUGGACACCGUCGGGUUCGGGGUGUUCGUCAAGGCCUUGGGCAGGGAAGAUGACGGAUUGGCCGGGGUCCUGCGGCUGGUGGAUGUGGUGGGCCGUCAGGGGAGCCGGAUUAACAGGUCAGUGGUGGCAGCAAUGGUCAUUGACGGUAUGUGUAGGGAGGGGAGAAUUGAGGGUGCUUGGCGUGCUUUGGAGGAGUUGAGGUUGCGCGGGUGGAAGCCGGAUUUCAUGGCGUACAGGAUAGUGGCGGAGAAGUUCAGGGUGGCGGGGAGAGUGGAGGAGGAAGGAUUGAUCUUGAAGCAAAAGAGGAAGCUCGGGGUCGCGCCGAGGAAGGCUGAGUACAGGGAGUGUGUGCUUGAGUUGGUGUCCAACAGGCUGGUUACAGAGGCGAAGGAGAUGGCAGAGGCUGUUGUGUUGGGCGAUUUCCCGAUUGAUGAUGAUGUGCUUAAUGUUUUGGUCGGUUCAGUGUCUGACAUUGAUGUUGAUAGUGCUGCCAUGUUCUGCAAGUUCAUGAUGGGGAAGGGGAGGUUUCCAAGCAUUGAGGUGCUUGUGAACCUUUGCGAGAACCUUUGCAGGAGCAAGAAGGGUGACGAGAUGUGGGAAGUUUUCAGGGUGCUUCUGGAAAAAGGGUAUUGUAAGAAUGCAAGGGACUACAAUUUGGUUGUGUCAUUCUUGGGCAAGGCUGGCAAGGUUAGGGAGGCAUAUGAUGUGCUCAAGGAGGUGAAAAGAAAGAGACUAGAACCUGACAUUUCGUCGUAUAAUGCUCUCAUGGAAGCACUAUGUAGAAAUGACCUUCUUAGGCCGGCCAAGAAGUUGUGGGAUGAGAUGUUCACCAGUGGGUGUAGCCCAAAUCUGCAUACAUACAAUAUACUCAUAACAAAGUUAACAGAAAUGGGUGAAAGUGAAGAGGUCCAACAGCUAUUUGAUCAUAUGUUCCAAAAAGGAGUGGCUCCAGAUUAUGCAACAUACACAUCCCUCAUCACUAUGCUGUGCCAGGAAAAUAAAUAUGAACAGGCCCUGGAGAUCUUUAAGAGAUCUUUGACACAGGAUGCUAAAGUGGCUAGUUCAGUGCUGAAUAUGUUUAUCCUUGCACUCUGCAAAAAAGGUAAUUUCAAAGCAGCAUUGAGCAUUAUGUGUUCUGUUCCAUCUAAUGUUGAUAAUUUGAAUUCACAUGUCAUCUUGUUGAAGAAUCUAACAGAUGUUGGAGAAGUAGAAAUGGUCAUGAAGCACCUAAAAUGGAUUAGGAGCAACUGCAGCUCUAAUUUUCAGAACAUAAUGAAUGAGCUCAUGGCUUCUCUAUCCACAUCUGCCAGUCUUCAACAUGUGACAAAGUUGAUACAGUGUCUACAUUCACAGAGGCUUGUUGAUGAUGCAAACCCAUGGAUGAAGUUGAUGCAAAAUGUGUAUGCUUGAAUUGAAAUUUUUCGAUGAGUAAUACAUCCACCUUGCAAAUGAGGAAAGAAUGAUUGACAAUAUUAUGUGGAUUGCUCAGGCUUAAACCCGUAUUACAAAAAUAAGGUCUAUAUUACAGUUAUGAAGUAUCACAGCCUCUCUGUUUAUGCCUAUCACAGAAUGGCCAUAUCACAUAAGGCACUGGAAAGUGUACAUCGUAUCCUAGCAGUUUUCCUUACAAGAAAAGGUCCUGAACUGCUGUUCUGCAGUCAUCUUGGUGGAUUUCAUCUGUCUCUGCAAUCAUGGGUCACUAAUAACUGGUCCAGUAGUUGUUACUUGUUAGUUUGUUAGGCUCAUCUGAUAGAACACAUUCUUAUGUCUUGUUGUUUAACCUCGAAUCUAUCAAAUAUAUUAUGUACAGUUUCAUCACCUGGCAUUGAGAGUGAUAUAUUUCCACAGCUCUUCAUCAGAAUUGGGCGCUUACUGGGCACCUUCUGUCUUCCUGGGCAUGAAGAACCAACCCAUCCAUAAGAGGCAGACAGUCCAACAGUGAAGGAGACCUCAAAAUCAAAGACGAGGUGAGGUCAAUUUGAUGCUGCAUCAUUUGCCUAGUUGGUGGUCACUGGGAUAUCUUAACACUAUGACUCUGUUCUGCUCCAGCAGCCUCCAGCCAGCCAGUAGUGUUUUCCUCUCACACCACUCCAGCAGCAGCCUCCAGCCACUAGCCAGCCAACAGUGUUUUUCUCUCACACCACUCCAGCAACAGUCUCCAGCACCAGCACAGCGAACAUGACCUAUAUAAGAGGACCUGUAACUUUCACCCCUUCGGUUGCCGCUGACGGCCUUUGAAGAUGGCUGCUUUCUCUGACCCAAAGUUAUGAUCGAGAGCGUAACCCUGGCUAUGUCCUGAGUCCUGACUGAAAAUUUAGAUGUCUACGCCUUGUACCAGCAUGUUGUUUCAUUUGGCUAUUGGGCUAAGGUUUUGCAGAGUACUGUAACACAGGUAAAAACAUAUUUUCAGUAUGUAAUAUGAGUGUAUAUGAUCAUAUUAUAUUUAGCUAA